CUCUAGGUUUGGACAUUGCACAUACAAUGCUGUUAAGUGCCUUAUGAUAUGUAACACAGUGCCAUCGGAUUAUGCUGCCCUCGUUGGUGAUUUUCGUCACUGUCUACUUUUUUCGCAGCAUUUAUGCCGUGAUAGAAAAUCGAUGUUGUUGUGGCUGCCCACUGACACCAUGCCCAGUUGAACUCAAAGCAGAAUGUCCAGAUCCAACAUUGUCUUGUUCCAUCUAUCAGCCGAACUCUACUUUUCCAAUGGUUGAUUGUCGAGUGCUUCUUGGAGCUUCCACGAAUCCAGACAAGGAAUAUGAAUUCGUGCCAAUUGGAAAGGACAGUUUCAAAAAGGAAUUUACCACAACCAAAACAAUAAUAAAUAUGCCCACAAUGACUCCAAGCCAAGAUGUAGGCGGAGGAGGAAGCCCAAUGAUGGCACCUACUCCAUUGUUUAGUCCGCUGAUUCAACCUACGAUUACCGGUACGCAAAACAACAUUCCCAGAGCUCUACGUCCACCUGGACCACCAUUACCUCAAACGCCCCCCUAUGGUCUUGGCUAUGAAUUGGGCAACAUGCUAGGAAAAAUUAUCGACAGUGUCAGAGAUCUCGUUGGAGUAACUUUGGCAAAUGCAAUCCCUCAACCGAUGCCCUUGUUAACAAACAGAUGAAUUUGUUUUAUUCUCCAAUGAUAGAAACGGUUAGGAAAUAGGAACGAAGAAAACAAAAUGGGAAAAAAAUCAUUUGAGAUCAUAUGUUCUGUUGACCACGCAUUUGAUGGGAUAUGAACCUGGUUACGUUGUACAAAUGAAGAAUUGCGAGAAUUAUGAAUUACAUGUAU